GGUCAGACACCGCUGUUUCUAGCAGCAUCUCAAGGGCACGUUGAAAUGGUGCGCAUGCUGAUUGCUGCUGGCGCACGCCAAAAUAUUCCUGAUAAUUUGGACCAAACACCGGAACAAAUUGCGUUUGACAAGAAAUAUGAAGAAGUUACUGAUUAUUUCGCUUCACUGCGUUCGAAGAAUUACGUGGCAUCGAAUGCAAAGCAAAAAUCCAAAUCCCUCGCCUGCAUAAAGGUACGAUGCACUAUCAUUUGCGAAGUAUAA